UUGUAAGAGAAAAAUGGCUUCUUCAAUGAGGGUGGUCUUCUUCCUGGGCCUCAUUUAUGCAGCCCUUAUAUCAGUGGCGGUUGCUUCAGAACAAACUGCCACUUUAUCUAUUGAUGUUGGUAAAAUUCCCACCACAAACGCCAACACAAACGAUGGUACCACAAUUGAUCAAGCGGUUGGUUAUCUUCUAAUGUUGUUGGCUUUGGUGCUCACCUACCUCAUUCAUUAAGAGAUCGUUAAGGAAACAAAAAUGCUAGUGUUGAUAAGAGAGAAGAAUUAUUUAUUGUAACACUUAUGAGGAAUAUUUUUGUUGACAAGAAGGAAGAAUGGUUUUUUUGACAAGAG